CACUGCCGCUUCUAAGCUCUUCAAUAUCGAGAACCGCCGCUUCCUCCGCCGUGACGGGACUUUAGCCAUUUCUUCUCUUCUUCGAUUUCCUGUUCCUUAUGGGCUUACUUGACCAGCUUUGGGACGAUACCGUCGCUGGACCCCGGCCAGAUAGUGGCCUUGGCAAGCUUCGUAAACACUCCACGUUUACCGGGCGAAAUAGCUCCGGCAGCAAGGAGCUCGAUGGCGGCAGCGCGAGAUCGUACGGCGAAGAAUCUUCACAAUCGUCGGUGAGGAUCACGAGGAGUAUCAUGAUACUAAGGCCGCCAGGGUACCAGUCUGGUUCGCCGCCUAUUUCACCGGCUGGAUCUAGUUCUCCGGCAUCGCCUUUUUCUGGUAGGGAGUCCUUCCGGUUUCGAAGAAGGUCGAUCUCCGACACAUACACAAAGGCAACCGAUAGUGGACCCGGGAGCCCUUCUUCUCCUCACAACAUGUGAGAUCUAAUAAGCUGAGCUCUCUUAUUCCCUUUCAACAAUGUUCUCCAAAACCUUCAUAUAUUCGUGUAAUCUUAGUGUAUCGUAACGUGGCUGUAGUAGUAUGCAUGUGAAUUCUGUAUGAAGGGUAUUAGAAUAAGUCUUGUAGUAGGAGGAAGAAGCUAAAAUCGAGGGAGAUUAUGGUAAUUUCGAGUACGUAGACGAGGGUACUAUUGUAAAUUAGGUAUCAAUGUUGUUGGUUUUGUCAGUGGAAUGUAAAAGGGAAGUUGUUCUUUUCAUGUGGACCUUAUCACUGAUUGAUUGAUUGUCUCUUUGGUUUCCCA